AUGCACGCUGCUUUUCCCGGGGUUGAUUCCAAUUGUUUCAUGAUCGGAAAUCUUCAGCAAAUAGUUCACAAAUACCUUUCCCUAAACGACUAUCCCCGCUCAUUAAUCAAUAGAUGCCUCAACCGAAAAAACAAUCCUAAUCCCCAAAAUAGACCCAAUCACCCUAAUUCCGAAGAACUCCAAAGAUACAGAUCCAUUCCUUACAUCCCAACACUUACACCCCGUAUUGCCAAACUACUACAACAAGACUACCCGAACAUCGUAGUAGCACCCAGAUCCACUCACACUGUCAACAACCUCUACACACGGAUCAAGGACCCGAUCCCGAUGCUGAAUCGACACAACGUGAUCUACUGCAUCAAAUGUGACCAGUGUGAGUGUAGAUACAUCGGCAUGACCAGCAACCUGCUCAAAAACAGGCUGUCUGGCCAUCGCAGCGAUGUAAACAAACUGGACCAGCUGAUCCAGUCCGGCCACACGUACACCGACGUAGAGGUUCAGGCUCACAGGGAAAAAACCGCGCUUGUGUCCCAUUGUAUCGAUACCGGCCACCGGUUCGAUAUAACACAAGCCAAAAUACUGGACCAGUCCUUCAAGAGAUCAUCUCUCCCUCUCUUGGAGAUGAUUUGGAUCCACAACACAGCUGACACUGUCAACAAGAGGACCGACACCGAUGGCCUGAACAGCACAUACGCUGGAAUACUACAUGUCCUACACAAACACAAAACCAAAACAAAACCACAAAAACACACAACACAAUCACAACUGAACCAAUCCACCUGACAGUUAGCAAUUAGACGUUGUACAGUACAAAGUGACCCAGCAGUUGAAUGUUGUUUUACAACAAUUUAUUUGGACAAACAUGUUAGUAUUUUACAAUAGUUUACAAAACAAUAUUAAAUUAAUUCUUUAAACAGUGAUGUGCAGCAAACGUAAAGGACAGUUUAACAAUAGGACUAAAACAUUCUUGACAAGAAACAGACAACUAGUAAGUACACAAAACACAACCAAACACACACAAAUUGUAAAAGCUGAACAUUUUUAGUAAACCCCCUGAAAAAGGCCUCAAAAUAAAGGCCGAAACGUCGGUGAAGUAGAGAAAAUCUGUUUUUCUUUCUCGACAAGACUGCUCGCCAAAACCAAAAAGAUUAACAAAUUAUACUUGGAGUUUCCUGCCCCUUGGAUCGAACCAAGUUUUUGCAGCGAGGUUUUUGAAAAAAAAUUAUGCACAUGAAUUGCAAAAAUAAAAUCUUUUUGUUUUAAUCAUCAAGUUUUUUUUCAAGCGAUUUACAUUUAAUUUCAGAUUUGAACUUUAAUUAAUAUUCAAAUAACUUGUAGCAAUUGUAGUUUUUUUAAACGAUUUAAAUUUAAUCUCAGAUUUAGAACAGGAUGCAAUAAAUAAUCAUCGAAAUAUGUUGAUCAAACUCGUGGUUGAAUUAUGUUUAAAUUUUAAAUAAACUGAGUAUUCUGAAAGUGUAAUUGAAUUUGAACCAACAGUCAGGAAGAAUCUUACCAAGCUAAUUUUGUUUCAAGGAAACUGAAUAUAUUUAAUUUUUAGUUUAAUGUUACGUGUUGUUCUAGUACAACUUUUUUUAUCGGUCUUAUAAAUGAUAAAUGAGGAAAUCUGUACGUAAUCCUUGCCAUUUACUUAAAUAUAUAAACUAAAAAUUAAUUAAUGUUAAGAUAAAAAUUAAUUAUUUUGUUUCAUACAACCUUUUCAAAAACCCCACGUAAACAACAUUGACAGCGCCUGUGGCGGUGACUUCGGAGAAGUGCAUGCCUGUCAGAUCCUUGAUCGGAUGACGAUUCUCCCAAUCUCGUAAAUAAUGUAAAUAGCUUGUUAUUGGAAAUAUAUCACCCAACUACCAACGAUUUACAUUUAGAAGCACGAGUACGGGGUAAUCCGGUACCAACAUUCACAUGGAUUUGGGAUGGAAUUUUCAUACAUCAUAGUACGGAAAAAUACGAAAUAUUCAAUCAACAUUA